AUACACGAAUCACCUUAAAGUAAUCUCCUUAGGCAGGGUGUUUAUAAAAUUGUUUUACGACAGGGUUAGAAGUGCUCUUCUGACAACCAAAAAGGAGUCUUGUUCGCUAUUAUAGAUCAUUGCUCUCUAAAAAAUUUUGUAAGUGAAGCAAAGUUCAUAAAGAGAGGGAAAAAACACAAUGGAGAUCACACGGCAUGAUGAAGAUGAAGUGUACAAGGCAUCACGGACUGGGGGUGUAGAAUACUUAAACAUUUUGAUUGAAAAUGACCCAGAAAUUCUAAGGAGAAUAUCUCUGCAGGCCGGCGAAACCGGAACGCCCUUGCACGUUUCAGCUUUGCUCGGCCACGCUGAAUUUACCAAAGCCCUUUGCACUCACAAUCCCAAACUUGCAGAGCGGGUGGAUGCCGACAGACGCACGCCCCUGCACUUGGCUUCUGCCGAGGGCCACAAGGACACGGUCGAAGCUUUGUUAUCUGUGUAUGCUGAUGCGUGCUUGCAUUUUGAUGAAAAUGGAAGAAUCCCACUUCACUAUGCAGCCAUGAGAGGAGAAGUUGAGGUGCUCCAGAAGUUGAUUGAUAAGAAUCCUGAGUCCAUUUAUGUCAAAGUUGAAAACGGAUCGAAAGAAACAGUUUUGCACUUGUGUAUUAAACACAACCAGUUAGAGUGCUUGAAAGUGUUGAUUACAAGAGACGACCACAAUGGUGAGUUCCUCAACUCAAGAGCCGGCUGUGAUGGUGGUGUGACCAUCCUGCACUUAGCAUUGAUGCUAAGGCAAAUUAAGACUAUACGUUACCUGCUUUCCGUUGAUGCUAUAAGAGCAGAAGCAAUUGGAAUGAAUGGGAUGUCUCUGACCAUGUUAGAUAUCUUAGAGUACAGCAGCAUUGCAAGAGAGGACUUUAGCAGAAGCUUAGAAAUUCAACAGAUUCUGAUAGACGCCGGAUUAAUCAGAAGAGAAAAUGAUGAAAAUGAUAAGCCUAACUCAGAUGUUGACGCUGCUGCUGUUGUAUCACCAAAUCCAAGAAGGGUAAAGAAGAAAGAGAAGCUUCACAAACAAGGAGCAUCAUCGGAAAAGGGAUCAAAGCCAGCAAGGCGGUGGGGGAUAAAAUUGAUGAAAUGGUUGAGAUAUCCGAGUGAUUGGUUGGUCGAGACACGUGGCAUGCUGAUGGUUGUGGCUACGAUGAUCUCGACCAUGACUUUUCAAGCCGUAGUUAACCCACCUGGUGGUGUUUGGCAAAAUGAUGUUACCAACUCUACCGAAGCUGGUUGCACUGCAGAGAAUAUAUGUACUGCUGGAACUGCAGUGUUAGGCUACGUUUGGGAAGACGACUUCGUCACUUUCAUAAAAUACAAUACCACCUCGUUCCUUGCUUCUUUGUGUGUCACACUUUUGCUCAUUAGUGGAUUUCCUCUCCACAAUCGGUUGUGCAUGUGGCUCUUAUCGAUGUCCAUGUGCGUCACCCUUACAUUCCUGGCACUCACCUACCUACAAGUGCUGCUCUUGAUCAUCCCUGUUAACGGCAUUUUCGAUUCAUAUAGAAUCAUUUGCAAGAAUUGCUUUUAUACUUGGGUUGCGUUGCUGGUCAUAGUCGGUGUACUUCACACUAUUCGGUUUCUUAUUUGGGUGGUGAAGAGGUUGCGGCCUCAAUACUUCAGGACAAAAUCAGUUCUCAAGAACAUGAUCGCCACUGGCUCCUUUUCAUGUAACGAUCCAAUGCGUUUUCAAGAGAUUGAUUUACAACCAGUGUGAUUACUCCACCGUGGUGUGUGUGCUUGAGAGAGUAAUUAACUAGGCGAGACACCCUGUAUGCAUGUAGCAAUUAGGGCUGGGGUAAUGAACUAGGUCAAUGACGCUUUCUGAUCUCUACUGGGUUGGUAAUUCAAGAGUGUCGCUUAGUUAUGGUAAAUAAUCCAUCUGCUAUGUAAAUUAGAAGUGUUUGUUGUCUUUGAUGCAGGAUGGUAGCUACUUAGAGAAGGAAUCUUGUCUAAGGAAAUAAUAUCUCUUAAGGUUUAGUAAUUAAUAUUGUAAUUUGAUUUUGAUUGUAUUUCUGAUUUGUAGAGAUUUUUAAUUGUCUAGUACACACGCUUGUAUAUAUA